GCUGUGUAGUGCUAGGGCAAAAAAAACCCUGCUCCACUGUACUGUGUUGUCCAAACUUCCAAAACAUAGACGUUUAUGUUUGGGCCAGAUCCGAGUUCAGACCGGACCAAAUCUGAACCAAUCAUAGACGUCCAUGUUUGGGCCAACUCGAGGCCGGAAAAAAAACGACGUCUGUAGACGUUGAAAUCAAGGCAACGGUGGACGGACCAAAUCGCAAGGUCUAUGGACGUUAGCGUCGGACGGUGCUCACUGGGCUGCAGCAGCACUGUCGAUUUAAGGUGGUCUAGAUAGCAUCUUAGACAUACCGGUAGUUAUAAUUUAUGAACGUCACAAACGCGUUUUACAAUUACACAGCCAACAAACAUUUCCUGCCUAGGUUUCGUUUUAUCUACGCGACAAGGCAUCUAAGCAUCACUUCUUCAGGUCCACCUUAACAUUUGAUGUCACUCAUUGCUCAUGCAGUUUGCAUUUACGUACGUCAACAACAUGAUUGAAUAGAGUCUUUCUUUAUGUCGUAUGCUUUUCUCAUAUGGACCGAGACAGGCAGUAGAGUUGAUCAAUUUGGAUGCAUCUCGUGUUUUCACGUUCCCCAUCAUUUCAGUGAAGAGGGGCGACGAAACUGCAACGUUUAUCACCGGGAUUAGGGCCUUGUCUGAGGUGAGCAGUUUAUCCUGCACUGCCGACUUGUUGAAGUAGAAAUCUUCAUCCAAAUCGAGUCGCCCAGAGUGAGGCCCAGGCAGGAGCCGGCUGCUGCUGACCACGGCACCAUGAUGGAGGGAGGCAUGCAGCUGCUGAACCGUGACGGCCACAGCAUCUCGCACAACUCCAAGCGCCACUACCACGACUCGUUCGUGUCCAUGAACAGGAUGCGCCAGCGUGGCCUGCUCUGCGACAUCGUGCUGCACGUCUCCAACAAGGAGAUCAAGGCGCACAAGGUGGUGCUGGCCUCCUGCAGUCCCUACUUCCAUGCCAUGUUUACAAGUCACCAGGUGAGGUGUGUGUCCCAGUUUUCCUCCUCCAUCCUGCAGCUCAGACUAGAGCUUUGUGAGGAUGAGAUGUCGGAGAGUCGUCAGACCCACGUGACCCUGCAUGACAUUGACCCCCAGGCGCUGGAACAGCUGGUUCAGUAUGCCUACACGGCAGAAAUCGUGGUGGGGGAGGGCAACGUGCAGACAUUGCUUCCAGCAGCCAGCCUGCUGCAGCUCAACGGGGUGAGGGAUGCCUGCUGCAAGUUCCUCCUCAGCCAGCUGGACCCUUCCAACUGCCUGGGCAUCCGCAGCUUUGCCGACACGCACUCCUGCAGCGACCUGCUCAAGUCUGCCCACAAGUACGUCCUGCAGCACUUUGUGGAGGUGUCCAAGACUGAGGAGUUCAUGCUGCUGCCGCUAAAGCAGGUAUUGGACCUGAUCUCCAGUGACAACCUGAACGUACCGUCAGAAGAGGAGGUAUACCGGGCCGUGCUGAGCUGGGUCAAACACGACAUAGAUGGGCGCAGGCAGCACGUUCCCUGGCUGAUGAAGUGCGUGCGUCUGCCCCUGCUGCGGAGGGAUUUCCUCAUGAGCAACGUGGACACGGAGCUGCUGGUGCGCCACCACUCUGAGUGCAAGGACCUGCUCAUCGAGGCCCUCAAGUACCAUCUUAUGCCUGAGCAGAGGGGUGUGCUGAGUAACAGCCGCACCCGGCCGCGCCGCUGCGAGGGCGCCAGCCCCGUGCUCUUCGCCGUUGGUCAGUGUGCCCCCGAGGUUACCCACCAGGGUGGCGGCAGUCUGUUUGCUAUCCACGGUGACUGCGAGGCCUACGACACGCGGACUGACCGCUGGCACAUGGUGGCAUCCAUGUCCACUCGGCGGGCACGGGUGGGCGUGGCAGCCAUUGGCAACAAGCUGUACGCGGUGGGAGGGUAUGAUGGCACCUCAGAUUUGGCCACCGUGGAGUCCUACGACCCUAUCACCAACUCCUGGCAGCCUGAGGUUUCAAUGGGGACGCGGCGGAGCUGUUUGGGCGUGGCAGUGUUGCACGGCCUUCUGUACGCCGCCGGUGGUUACGACGGAGCUUCCUGUCUCAACAGUGCAGAGCGGUACGACCCUCUCACCAGUACCUGGACCUCCAUCGCUGCCAUGAGCACCCGAAGGAGAUACGUCCGUGUGGCCACUCUAGAUGGCAGUCUGUAUGCAGUAGGAGGAUAUGACAGCUCCUCACACCUAGCAACAGUGGAAAAAUAUGAACCACAGAGUAACGCGUGGACGGCCAUCGCCAACAUGCUGAGUCGGCGCAGCAGUGCUGGGGUGGCCGUGCUGGAGGGCAUGCUCUAUGUCGCCGGGGGCAACGACGGCACCAGCUGCCUAAACUCGGUGGAGCGAUUCAAUCCCAAGACCAACGCCUGGGAGGGGGUGGCGCCCAUGAACAUCCGCAGGAGUACCCACGACCUGGUGGCUAUGGACGGCUGGCUGUACGCGGUGGGCGGCAAUGACGGUAGCUCCAGCCUCAACUCUAUUGAGAAGUACAACCCACGCAGCAACAAGUGGGUGGCGGCCUCCUGCAUGUUCACGCGGCGCAGCAGUGUGGGGGUGGCCGUCCUAGAGCUGCUCAACUUCCCGCCGCCCUCGUCGCCCACGCUCUCUGUGUCCUCCACCAGCCUUUGACACGGGGCUAAGCUCUGGCUGACCUCAGCCUCGGCCUCGGUUGCCACCGCCCAGCCAGGCCCCAGCAAGAGACGCAACUGCUCUGUGUGAAGAGGGAGUGAGAGGAUGCAUGUACUUUAAUCAGGUAGCGAGAGGGAGAGUGGAGAAAAUGGCUUGAGAGAGAGUGGGAGGGGUACAGUUAGAGGGAGAAGAGGUGAUGGGAAGAGCGAGUGAGAGGAAGAGUGAAAGAUGGAGAGAGAGAAAUGCACAGAGGGUGCUGCUGGAUCUGGUCUCUUUCCCUGAAGUCUCACUGUAUUACCGCAAAGAUACCAGCUUCUAGUCUAUUGAAGAACACAGGAGAGUUUUCCUCAGAUAAAGAGGUUGGAAAAUACCACCAUUUGCAAUCCAGUGCGUAUAAUUUUAAUUUAGGAAUGUAGCUAUCGACUGGUUCUGCCAUGCAUGUUUACUGACAUUGUGUCCUGGCAGGCAGGAAUUAAAAUGAGUAGUGCAGCUGUAUGUGUCACACUAGGUGGCAUUAACGGGCAAUGUUGUUUACCAUCUUACCCUACGGACGAGCCUUGUGUAAUAGGGUGAUGUUGCCCCUAAACAUUUUCCAGCAUUUCCCCCUUAAAUGGUUAAGGUUAGUAUUGGGGAGGGGAAGCUGAUCCUAGAUCUGUACCUAAGGAAAACGUCAACCAACCAGCUGGAGAAGAAGGAGAAAAAAAAGAAUGUAGCUAUUGAUUCGAGAUCUAUCGUUACUCGAAACUGUAAAUUAGUUUUAAUUCCUUUAAAAAUAUAUAUAAGAACAGAUAAUGAUGUUGAAUUAUUUAUUAAAUGUAAAAAUAUAUAGCUAAUAUAUUCCGACAAUUUCAAAGAUGCUUUGUGAAAAGCAAAUGGACCAUUGCUAUGACUCGAGUGCCGUAUUAUUUUUCUUUUGUUGUGUUAACGUCGUGCAUAUCAUUGAUGGAAGUGUGUCAGAGAGGAUGUCAAAAGUGGGAAGUUGUUCAGUUUGAGCGUUGACUAUAUCAGAGUGAAGGAUUGAUAAGUAUUUCUUAAACUGAUGAAGAUAUCAGGGCCCGUAUUUCAUAAAGUGUCUCAGGGUAGGAAUGCUGAUCUAGGUUCCCCCUUAUUCAUAAUGAUUUAAAAGGCAAAAGUGAUCCUAGAUCAGCAUUCCUACUCUGAGACACAUUUUGAAGACGGGCAGAGGUCAACUGAAAUAUCUUUAUUAUUUGUAAAGGACAACAGUUAAAAGAAAGAGGUUUAUUUUGUUCAUGACGUGUUUAUUCUUUUGUUGGUCGGUACCUUGACUGAAAAUGUUAAAUAUUUUUCAAAAGUAGCCUUGUCACUGCCACAUGUAUGACACAACCGAUGUCAUUAGUAGUUAUGGCAAAUGAUGUCCAAUACUGUUGUAUGGAAGGCUAUGGUAUGCAAGCUUGCUUGUCCGCUAGCUAAUUAGAAGACCCCAAUCCAUUGUAUAGAUCAUUAUCAUUCAUAAACACAUAGUGGUAUCACGAUUAUGACAGCUUUGAAAUGGCUAAAGAGCAGAAGGUUCAAGUAAUGUGUAGGCAAAUUAACACAACACCAAUCUUAAUACUUGACACUAGCUGCGGUAAUGUCAAUGUGGAAACACUUAUGGUGCUGUCAUUUUAUGUUACUUACUCAUAAUACCUCUUCCUGUAUUGUUGAAAAGGAUCCAAACUUACCACACCGAUGUUUACGUAGUAAACGUGUGACAACAUGUAGUAUAACUCUAAGCUCUAACGAUACUCUGGAACACGUCUAUCAGAUAAUACCAUUCUUUGGAAGUUCCACAAAAUGGCACACAUCAAAGCAAAGGCUGAUUGGUUAAGGAAAUGAAGCUGUUCCUACGUACUCAAUGCUGAUACUUUACAUGAGGUUAAAGAGCUGUAUCAGCCAAAGGUACAAUAGACCACAACAGGUCCUAAAUUUAGUUUUUGACUCGUCACGGUUAACUAGGUUCAAUAAAUAGGCUAUGUAGCGCAGUGUGAUAAAAUGUAAAACUUCUGAGAAGUUAUUUAUUUUCCUUUUUUCAAAGGAUUUUGUUGAUCUGGUUUUGUUUUUACUGAAAAAUCCCCCAGUAAUGGUUAGUUCUUACAGAUUAUUAUCUCCAGUAAUGGUUAGUUCUUGCAGAUUAUUAUCUCCAGUAAUGGUUAGUUCUUGCAGAUUAUUAUCUCCAGUAAUGGUUAGUUCUUGCAGAUUAUUAUCUCCAGCAAUGGUUAGUUCUUGCAGAUUAUUAUCUCCAGUAAUGGUGAAGUGUCUUGUCCCCAAAUCGCAAAAGUGGUUGCAAUGACGUCUUCUGUGACGUCAUGGUUAGGUUGUAUACAGAUUGUUUUAAGAGGUCUUUUUAGCGACCAGAAAAAUACUUAUUUAGCUGGUUGUAAUCUGGUAUCUUACCAGGCGUCUCUACAACCAGAAAACCUAUUUACAACCAGAAAAUGACGUCAUUAUAACGUUCCAUGCCAAAUUUUACACGGUGGGUUCGUCUGAGCUCAUAAUGUACCAUGAGUGAAAUCUACACACAACCACACAAGAACUUGGCCUCCAUUUCGUUGAAUCAAAUGUAAAUAAGGAAUUACCCAAAUUCUCGGAUUUAAUGCAUUGUCAAUGUGACUGUAGCUUUUUUAGUUAACACAUUAUUGUUCGAUGUGACAUGCAUAGUUUAUUUAUAAUAUGUUGUUAUAUCUAUCGAGAAAAUGUAUGGAGAAAUGUUGCACUAUUGUGAAAUGGAGCAAUACACUGUAUAGAAAAUAAAUAAAGAUGCUUUCAGGUGUGAGGA